CCACUCAUCGGAGGAAACGUGAAGUCCCAGAGUGAUGAGCAUCACAAUGAGUCCGAUAGUGUUUGCGGUCAUAGCUGCAAUUAUUCCAGGUCUGUUUGGAGGCCUGACUCAAGGUCUGGCUGUGCCCCAAACCACUCGGCCAAGUCUCGACUACCUGAGACAGGAAGUCAAUCGUCUGUACCAGUUGAACUCUUACCUGCGAAGAGUUUCCACCAAUAAAAGAUGUGACUACUACAGACAUCUUUGCCAACAACGUAGUAAAGGUCAUGCAUGGGGUUACGAGGGACAACCCGAAAACGAGCAGGCGAGGGGUCGAUGGUCGUUCAGCGGGAAUGAUUACAACCACUACAGCUACUACUACAACCUCUACAGCCGAGAGUACAACGACCUCAUGCGUUCUCUCGAUAACCAAUGCCGCCGAUGCUUCAACUAUGGUUUACCAUCGAGUACUCCAGCAACUACUACAACCACAACAGAAGCACCCACGACCACGCAGAGUCCAACUACACCAGAGCCUACGACGACCACGAGCACUAUAAUCAGUAUGAUCACCUCCGCUAUUCAGUCCACAGUCUCCACCACAUCUCCUGUAAUAUGCAGAAAAAGAGGCGGCGGGGCUAGUUCUGGGUGUAUACCAACUCCUGCAGAGACUACAAGCACCACUGUAGCCCCCUUAGAGACCACAGGCACCACCACACCUGCAAUGUGCAGGAAACGAGGCGUACCGUGUAUACCAAUCUAAAAUCCUUGCUAACCAGAAAUAUGUACCGAGACCUAUGUAUGCAAUCACCAAAAACUGAGGGCUACGACUACAAACUGCGCUGUAUUGAGAAACACCUGGAGACAGUCAAACAAUUCUUGUGGUCAACCUUAAAGUAAUCUUGUGAGUGGUGCACGUGUAAAGCAUGCUAGAAUGCACACGUGCGCACAUACCGCUGAUUGACAUUAUUUGGGGAAAAUUAGGUUCAAUGAAAAAAUAAAGUCCGGCAUUGUCUGAUUGUCCUGUCAUCUCAACUCAUCUUUUAGUGUUGACGUGGCGGAGAUGUAAAGAAGAAUGAACUGAACGUUUUUAAAAUUUAAAACCUCUUGGCUGCUCAACACAUAUUCCAAUAUUUCAAACUGACUCUGUACUGUCACUGUUCAUUUUGCUGUACAGUCCAGUGCUUGUUUCUUGAUAAUUAUACUUAUGUUAACAUGAUGCUGUUAUGCUGACGUAAUAAAAAA